AUGAGCUUGACCACUCAAAUCCGCUCUGGCCUUCAAGCCCAGGGUCUGCCUACUCCCACGUUGUCUUGGAUCCAGAGCGCCAUGCCUAGGCACAAUCCCCCACCUCCUCUGCCAGCCUUGAUAGCUACAGUCAAGACGCGUCUCUUGAUCGCUGACCUGACCAAUCCGGCCAUCUUGGAGCUGCCAGUCCCUGCAUUCCCGCCUCACCUGAGCAAUCCAGAGGUCAAGGAAAUCAAACUUACCCAAGACAUCCCAGUGCAAGUGUUGGACAUAGAUAACUUGACUAAGAGCAAAUGGGAUCAAAUCGAGGAACUCGAAGCAAUCGCCCGCGGGGAGCAGACGAGAGGAAGAGAGAUUGUCCGUCUUCCCACCGGCAACGAAGAAGAUGACGGUGCCAGUGAGGGUGCAUCAACUGCAUCAACUCAGUCCAUCUCUAGCGGGCGACCAGGAGUCCAGGCACGGGGUGCUUCUGCUUCUAAUGCUGCCAGCGCAGCAUCAAAGACUUCUACGCAUCGGCUGGUGUUGCAAGAUUGCAAAGGCCAGAAGGUGUACGCCCUGGAACUGAAACGCAUGGAGAAGAUCGGUGUCAGCACGCUCAACAUUGGUGAGAAGAUAAUGCUCAAGAGGGGAGCCACUAUUGCCCGAGGCACGGUUCUGCUUGAGCCCGCAACCUGUGUGAUCCUUGGUGGAAAGGUUGAGGCGUGGCAGAAGGCAUGGGUUGAAGGUCGUCUGGUGCGCCUGAAAGAGACUGUGGGGAGUGGAAAUCAGAACUGA